UUGAUUGUUGACGUCAACCUUGUCCAUUGGCGGAGGCAGUGUGUUGUCCUAUUGACUUCGCUCUUACUUGUUGGACUUGUUUUAAUUAGAUCUAGAAUAUAUAUCUAGGUUGCCGAUCUGGAUGCUGAUCUUCUGACAUGGGUGACAUUGAGCAGAAACAUUUUACCGCCAAUGCGUGUACGACCGAAGUCCCCGGACUACAACCACCACGACCACUACAGUGUCCUCCACUACGGUCAAUGGGUCACAGAUCACCAACGGGUCCACGCCCUCGUCAGUGUCAUCCCUUGCAUCCAGCUCGUCUGUGUCAUUGGCUGGUGGUCAGCCUCAGGGUCAGUCCGGGGAUGCUGGACUUGAUUGUGGGCGACCUAUGAGCUUUGUGCCUGACCUGGUACUGCCGAUACUGUGGAGGAUUAUCUACUGGACCUCGCAGGUCCUCACUUGGUUGAUCAUGCCCAUGAUGCAGUCAUAUUCUAAGGCUGGAGACUUCACGGCUGUGGGAAAAAUCAAGUCGGCUCUCAUCGAAAACGCCAUAUUCUAUGGCACCUACCUCCUUAUUUUUGGCAUUUGCCUCAUUUAUGUGGCAGCCCGGCCAGAUUUAGACAUUGAUGGAGAGAAGCUGAAGAUCAUCGGGGUGACUGCCAGCAACACCUGGGGUCUGUUUGUGCUGGUUCUCAUGCUGGGGUAUGGGCUUGUGGAUGUGCCGCGGACUCUGUGGAACAAGUCGAAGAAGGGGUAUAUGCUGAACAGCACAUACUUCAAGAUUGCCAAACUAAGCACUGAGAAAACGGAGGCAGAAGAAGCACUGGAGGAUGUGUUGGAGGAGACUCGUAGAGCCGCUGAGAAGAUCCGCUACAACCACCCACUGAGAAAACACAUGGACACCAUUCUCACAAAGUGUCCGGAGAGCACCCGCCAGUCUGUGAGGGGCAAGAUGGACGACUUUGAGGAUUACAACCAGACGGUGGACUCGUUGUCUGAGAGCAACUUGGUCAAACUACACAAGAAAGUAAUCAGGCGCAGUCAGAUCAGCCAGCGCACCAGCAUACAGUGGAACAACCUGAUGGGCGCGGCCCUGGAGUGGGAGGACCUGGAGACCAACAUGCACAGCCUGGACCGCCACUUUCGCCACUCGGACCCGGAGAAGUCCAGCCUCUACUUCGCGUGGAUGAGGAGCGUGUAUACGCCUGCUGUUGAAUGGUACUGGAAGUGCUCGGUGAGGCCGUAUGUCUACAUGAUCGGUGCUGCUGUACUCACCAUCAUGUCCUUUAUGGUGGUGUGGUCCGAGUGUCUGUUCUUCAUCAAGGAGCCCGUCCUCUCGCUGUUUGCCGUCUUCAUUAACUUGGCAAGGGAGAACUAUGACUAUGCCUACAUUGAGUUGGCGUCGGUACUGACCAUUGCCUACCUGUGUUUCUGCGCUUACUUCAGCGUGUUCAAGAUCCGAAUCCUCAACCUGUACUACAUUGCCCCACACCACCAGACCAACGAGCACAGUCUCAUCUUCAUCGGCAUGAUGUUGUGCCGACUGACCCCUCCGAUGUGUCUGAACUUCCUGGGCCUCAUUCAUCUGGACAGUCACAUCACUCAGGAUGAGCACAUUGAGGAGACCUCCUACACCCAGAUUAUGGGCCACAUGGACGUCAUCUCCAUCAUCGCCAACGGUUUCAACAUCUACUUCCCCAUCCUGAUCGUCCUGCUAUGUAUCUUCACCUACUUCAGUCUGGGCAGCCGCGUGCUCAGCGCCCUCGGGUUCCAGCAGUUCAUCGGGGACGACGACAUGACGCAGGAACUCAUGGAUGAGGGGAAGGAAUUGGUGGCUAGAGAGAAGCGGAGAAUUGAGAGAAAAGCUGAUGCUGAUGCCAGGCGUAAGACGUGGACUGAGAGGUUUGGAGAUAGCGCAUCUAGCAACAAGGAUUUACCAUUGUCUUCUGAAAGAAGGGGUGAACGCUACACUGUCCCCCGCAGCCCCGACGAUGACGACCGCUCGGAGCUACUACGCCAGGUGGAGCCCGUUGACUACAGGGACGAACAGAACGAUGGCCUCUUUGGGAAUGUGGGUAGAGAAGAGAAUGGCGGCUACCAGUCACGUUCAGCUGGCCGCUACAGCAGUGGACGUCCUGGGAAUCGCCCUCCUCGUGGGAUUUUCGAUGACGUUUAAUGAAAAGUCCCAUUCUUCGGUUAUGCUUUACGGUUUUGCACGAGAAGUUUUUCAAAAGUUGUGAACGUGUUCUGCUUGCAACUCUUUGGUUUUCACAAAUUCUUUGUUUGUUUUGAUUUGCAAUUAUUUUACAAAAUGAUUUAACUUACUUUGUCAUGUGUGCUGGCCUCAGGAAAAAUAUCCUGCUGUGCUGUGAUCCGUGAGGUAGUUGUUGGUCCGGCUGAAGAUUACGCGGGAACGAAAGUUGUGCCCGAACUAACCUUUUUAUUUGUUUCACCUCCUUCAUGUUUUGUCUACCGUGUGUUAUGUUCUAGCUCUGAUGUUUUAGUUCAUUCUUCUUUAUGCGCUGUGACAGCAGUUGGUGUAUACCUGUCAGCAUUAUUUCUGGUUUUAUCUUUUAAGAUAUUCUGAGCAUUCCACAAAAGUUUAGUUUCAUGAAAUUCAUUUUUAGCAAAGCACAAAUUUGAGUUGUUUUAUUAUAAGCUAUGUUACUCAGAAGUUCAAUAAUAUCUUUGCAUGCAUUUUUGUUGAAAAUAUUGAUAAAUAAUAGAAGAUGGUCUUUGGAAUAUGAACAAAAGUACACUUCUCCGAGUGUAUUUGUUUUCUCUUAUUCUGAAAAUGUAUACAGUACAGACUGAAAACAAAGAACUUACGUACUACAGUAGAACUGAUUAUUUUUAGAAUAAGUAUUUCAGUAACAUUUUUCUCACACAGUUGCAGACUUUUGGAUUUUCAUGAAUAUAGGAGACAUGUUAUGUAUGUCAAGUUUUGUCAUUAAGGUUUGGAAAAAAUCAGGAAAAUCACUGAUGUCCGUUUUUCAUUCUUUUUUUUUCUCCAAAGGACAAUUUUGUGCAUUCUAGCAUGUAUGUAUUAUACUGUGGCUUCCAUUGUUCUUUCCCUUCCCCAUGUUUCCGUUGUCACGGUUCUUGCACUGCAGUCACAUGUCUUUGUGAUGUGCAUUUUAAGUUUGAACUCCAAAAUAGGAGUGUUGCUUAUCUGGAUCAUUUUAAGAACCCUGGAGCAUGGAAUGUUCCUAAGUUUUUAAUUGUGUGUGCGUUUUGAAUUGCAAUUACAGAAGUUAUGUAAUCCCCUCUAAUUUUUGCUCUACUUCUUUUGUAUGUUAGUCAUGCUCUUGUGACCCGCUAUUUCCGGGGUGCCUUGAUAGUCAGAGC